AUGCGUGAAAUAUUAGCUGAAAUACAUGUUGAAUAUGAACUUCUUCCAAAUUAUAACUUUAAAUUUGAUUGUCGCUGUUGGGAAACGGCCUCAAAGAUUUAUACUGAGAAUGAUGAUUUAUGUUUAAGACCAAUACCAUGUCCAAUAAAAAAAGAUACAUAUUGGGUCAUAUUUUCUAUUCAUCAUUUAGUUCAUUUAAAUGAAAUACAAUUAAAAAAAUAUUUUAAUUAUGUAAUCAUUUAUCAUAUAUUUUAUGGAGGACAAAAAUUUUCAGAAAAAGCUAAAAAAGAUAAAGUAAAAGGAUUUUAUAUAAAUGAUAAAUCUAUUGAUAUGGGACAAGAACAUUUUCUUCAAAUAUAUCCUCUUGAUUUUUAUAAUUCUAAUUCUAUUGUUGCAUCUUCAACAUUAACAGUCCCAGAACCUACAAUAAUUAUAGACGAAGUUUACGGUAAUUUUAGCAUCGUCACAUAUCUUGAUGCGAUACCAGGUAUUAGAAAAAUAUGAUUUUUAUAUAAAUUUAUUCAAAUAAAAAAAUGAUAAUUUAUAAAAUAAUGUAUGAAUAAAAAUUGAAAAAAAAUAAUAUAAGAAUUGAAAACUCCUAAUAAAAUAUUUCACUAAUAUAAUUUUAUAUUAUAUUGUUGUUAAUAAAAAUAUAUGAAAAUUUCAUUAGAUAGUAUACAUCAAUAUCUGUUUCGGAAAAUGUCGAAAGAAAAACGUUUUCCAUCUGAAUCUUUAACAUGUGAAUUACUUCUCUCAUCAGUUGAAAAUGAAGAAUCAUCAUUAAUAUCAAAGCAGACUAAAAAAUCUCUUCAAAAGAA